AUGGCAUUUGAAAGAAGCUUAGAUCAUUGUUCUUCUUCUUCAUCAUCUUCGACACAAUCUCGCUGGAGCUAUGACGUGUUCUUGAGUUUUAGAGGUGAAAAUACCCGCAAAAACUUUACUGAUCAUCUCUACGAGGCCUUGGUUCAAGCUGGAAUUCACACCUUCAGGGAUGAUGAUGAACUUCCAAGAGGACGUGAAAUUUCUCCGGAGCUUCUCAAAUCAAUCCAAGGAUCCAGGAUCUCCAUCGUUGUUCUCUCAAGAAACUAUGCUUCUUCCAGAUGGUGCCUUGAUGAGCUUGUGAAGAUCAUUGAAUGCAAGAAAACACUUGGACAAUUACUUGUCCCAAUAUUCUACGAUGUUGAUCCAUCUGAUGUACGCCACCAAACUGGGUAUUUUGGAGAAACAUUUGGAAGACACGAAAAGCAUUAUGUGGAUGAGAUGGAGAAGGUGGAGGUGAGGAGAGCUGCCCUCUCUGAAGCUGCUAAUUUGUCAGGGUGGGAUUUGCAAAAUGUUGCAAAUGGGUGA